AUGAAGGAGAAUAGAAAGAAAAAGGAAGGAGAAAUGCGAAAUGGUUUGCAUGAAAACUUUGACGAAAUAAGGCAUCCUUCCCAAUGUGCAGCUCUUCUGCCAGCUAUGCACACGCAAAAAAUGAGCAUUGAAGACGACCGACUGACGGUAAUUGAGGAGGAAAAAGAAGAGACGUCAAGGAUGAGUCCGUCACCGACACCAAGUAGCGGUUUCGAAAGCGAUCUGAAAGGCUACUCAUUCAAUUCGUAUGAUACUCGCUCGGCUGUGCCAGAACCUCUUCAAACAGUGGCGAUGUCCCACUCGACUUUGCAAAGCUUCCGGCCCCCACCUCAAGCAGUGUGA